UUUACGUUUUCCAUCACGAACUUUGCUACAUCCAAACACAUUGGAUCAAAUCAAACGCCAUCCAUGGCGGCGUCUUCUUCUCAAAGCUCCUCUCUUUCUGUACCACAGCUCUAUCAGUAGAUUUUGAUCUUGCAAAGAGGCUUUUUUUUCUUUUGUCUUCAUUAAAAUUAUCUUCUUUGAAAUACCUUAAUCAAUGCGCGCGCUGAAAACACACAUUGCCUGAGAUCUCUAUACCGCUCUCCUCGUCAGUUUGUUUGAAGAAGACCCCUUUCUUCGUAGUCUCUACUCUCUACCGCCAUUGCUGAAAGCUUGUGUGAAUUUAUCACUGAUCAGUAUGGAAGAUUGUUUACUUGAUGGAGAAUGGAGUUUUAUUUUAUUUCAAGCUGAGUAAUUUUUUGAUGAAGUUUGCAGAUAUUAAGUUAGCUCGUGAAUUAUUUGAUGAGAUGCUUAAUCUUGAUGUGAUGACUCGGACUACAGUGAUUUGUGGGCAUUCAAAAGUGGGGCUCAUAAGGGAAGCUGAUGAGGUGUUUGAUGAAAUGCCCGAUAGGAAUAUUGUUUGCUCCAACAGAGUAAUCAUUUCUUACAACAAAAAAGGAUUAAUUUGUUUGCACUCUAUGUUCUUAGGGGCCAAUAACGUUGAUCUGCAGAUCUCUUUGACGAAGUCCACAUCAUCUAUACCAAAGUUAGAUGCCAAUCAUGCAGAUGUUGAUGAGGACCUUUGUGGGAAUGUGGAUUGUGGGAGGGGAAUUUGCAAAUCUCCAGCUGCUAAUAUGGCAGGCUUUGUCUGCGUCUGCGAACCCGGAUGGAGUCAGCUUCAUUUUGGCAACCAUUUCAGAUUUCUCCCGUGCAAUAUUCCUGACUGUGAUUACCAAUUCUCUUGCUACAAUGAAUCUCUAGAUCACUCCAAGCCCCCAUUUCUAAACAGCACUGCAGGCAACAUUUUUGAUCCCUGCUUCUGGUCUUUCUGCGGAGAAGGCGAGUGUGAGAGGAUAUCUGCUUUUGAUCAUAAGUGCAAAUGCAAAGAGGGUUACAGCAAUCUUCUUAAUAUCUCCAACUUCCCAUGCAUUAAAGAAUGUAUGUUAGAUGCAAAUUGCGAUAAUUUGGGGUAUUCUUUGACAAAUUCGACGCCAUCGUCUUCUCCAAAGGUUGAUUCUAAUCAUUCAGAAGGCUCAGUUUUUACAGCAAAUCUGCUGAGGCUGCUGCUUGUUUUGAUAACCAUUGUUGCAGCAAGUCCACCACUGUAGUUGCAGUUCAGAAAGUGUAAGACAAUCUUAGCCUAAUAAUUACUCAUAAUUUAAUGCUAAACUUGAUUAAGAAAUGAGAUUAAAUUGCCAGCAGAUUAAUUAAUCCUAGUUCUUUCAAUGAAGCCUUGUUUGAGUCAAUUUUUGAGAAAGUACCAGCCUUAUUCAGAAAUAUUUGUGUUUUGCAUUGUAAA